AUGUUUGGAUACCUCAAGCUCCUUUCGGUGCUCGCUGUGAGUGCGUUGGGUCGAGCAACGCCUGCGAUUGAGCAGCGUUCAUCUCCUGCGGCCUUUUCCACCUUCACCCACAAUCCGAUUUACUAUCCCCUUAAGCAAGCGCCUCUGUGGCGAGUGUGCUACGCCCGCGCCAUUCAGGUGCAAGACAACAGUCUUCUUAUGACUUGGGAAGAUUAUCCCUAUGGCGAGAGCUCUACCAAUCUUGACACCUUCAAGAUCCUUCGAUCCAUCGAUGGUGGCGCGACCUGGUCCAACUUUUCCCAAGUCGCUGACACGCAAAAUGGAUGGGGCAUGCGCUUCCAACCCGACAUGUAUAUCCUGAAAAAUGCCAUCGGAAAGUACCCUGCUGGAACCUUACUAAUCGCCGGAGUUUCGACACCAUUGAGCCUUACCGGUGGUGUCUACAUUGAUCUCUAUACUUCCAGUGACAUGGGCCAGUCGUGGACGUUCGCUAGUCACAUAGCGUACGGUGCUGGACCGGAGACUGUGAGGACAGGCGAUAAGGCUAUUUGGGAACCGUUCUUUCUGGAAUACAAUGGCAGCUUGAUCGUGUACUUCAGUGACCAGCGCGACCCCGCACAUUCACAAAAACUCUCACUGACAAGCACCACGGACUUGCAUACCUGGUCUGCCUCGACGGAAGUGGUUGCCUACUCUACUGUCAACGCACGUCCUGGCAUGGCUGUAGUUUCUUACCUCCCCACCACCGGACAAUACAUGUUGUCCUACGAGUACUGCAACCCUCCCUCAGGCAGCGGCUGUCCCGCCCAUUAUCGACUGGCCUCCAAUCCGACCGAAUUUCUCAAUGCCCCUGAUCAAGCUCUCACCACGACUUCCGGUUACACGCCUGCUGGCUCGCCGUAUAGCGUUUGGUAUCAAUAUCCAGGCUCGAACAACGGCGCGGUGAUCCUGUCGACCAACUCAGACACGGAUCUUUUCGUAUCUAAAGAUAACGCCAAAACGUGGACAAAUGUCAACGUGAACCAGUACACGGGUCAAUCUCGCCACCUCUUGCUAUUUGAUGAUGACGGGGCAGAACGCCUUCACCUUGCUACAGCCGGCUUUUACGGCUGUUCGGGUUCCUGCUAUAACUACGUCGCGAACGGUGUCACGGAUCUUAGUGUCUUUGGGUAG